AUGUCCGGUUUUAGACUACGCUGGUCUGAACUAACGAAAGAGGGGUGGCAUUCGAGACUGCCAACGGGCUUCCCAAACAACUACACGUACCUCAAGCCUGGAAAGACCAAGAAGGACGUGCGAGGUGUGGAUUAUUUCGUGGGCGAAGAGGAACUGAUGAAAUAUUUGGACCGGGUUGAUUUAGCGGCGAAGGACUCUCUCUCAGAUGUUAGCAGUGCCGCAGUAAUCAAAGACGUCCCGAAUCCUCCAAACGACGUCCACCGUACGUUAUCUUGUAUAAUACAUUCUACUGCCGCUCUAUUCCUGUAUCUCUCAUUUAUUCUGUAUGUAUCCGAAACAGCGUGCACAUCAACACCAGAAGAAACUCAACUCCCUGAUUACAACGACGAAGCCUCUAACGAAGAGUCUGUGUCUCCUACUCUGCGGUAUGAAUCUCCUCACGUGACCCACCGAGAGUCACAAUCGCCAGUUGAUUCUUCAGACGGCAGCAGAAACGAAGUACCGAGAAAUGAGGAUGUUGAAUUUCGUCGUGCGAGAACUGCUGCGGAUAAGUCAGAUGUGAAUGUCUAUCAAGAUAUGGGCAACCCCGAUGACUUUACUGCAAUGGUGUCUGAUGCUGAGAACGUUAAUGCUGCCUCUGGUGAUGAAGAGUGCGUGGAGAAAGAAGACAAUCCGCUCGACGAAGCGACGGCAACGAAGAGGACACAUCUGAAGAUGCAGAGUUCGACAAGGAUUUCCGUCAAGCUGCUGGUGGUAUUGCUGGCAUUACCGGAGACGGAUGCAGUAUCAUUCACGCCCUACCCAUACUUAGACCAACCGUAUGAGGCUCGCAGCAGUGAUUCUAUCAGUACCGAGUUUCCAAAUCUUUAUAAAGGUGACUAUAGACCGUCGGCUCGAGUACUCGAAGCAGCUUCAACAGUGGUGGGGAGUUUCUUCUAUUUCGUUCAACCACAUUUGUGGAACAAUAUUGCUGAGGCGUCCAAUGAUUAUUUCAUGGAGAAGAUCGACGAACGAGUGGAGGAUGAGUUCCAGAAGCAGCUAGUCCGCGAAAGGGAACAACCGCGGUAUCGAAAGUGUACACGGGAGGAGAUAAAAAAACUCUCUUUUGGGAACCCCGGACAUAUCAGCUCGAGAGCUAUGCAUUUUAUCGGUCUUUUAAUUGCUCGAACGAUAGCUUCUAACAAGGAGAGGUUAGCGCAUCACUGGAGAACUACAGACGAAGGUGCAAUUCCGCGCGGUCGAUUCGGACUCUACAUGACAAGAGACCGCUUCAUGCACAUCUCGCGAAACCUGCACUUCAGUAACAACGCUGAUCAUCGGGCCGUAAGUGACCGGGCAUGGAAACUCCGUCCUGUGAUAGAUGCACUCCAAGAACGUUUCAAAUCCGGAUACUGGCCGCCACCCGUAAUGGCCUUUGAUGAGGCAAUGCUACCGUUGAGGGUAUACAAGAAAGACAAACCCCACAAGUGGGGAACUAAGCUAUUCAUGCUGUGCUGCUCUUCUUCAGCUUACUGCAUCCGGUUCGAAGUUUACUGCGGGAAAACCCAAACCUGUGUGAACACUGCUGGGACUGACGCGAAGUCCGGACCAGCCGCUGUCGUUCGAAACCUGAAAGAGGUGUUUGGACGUUGUGGAUCGAGUGAAAAGCGAUUGAUUGUUACAGAUCGAUUUUACACGUCCCCUACGCUGGCCAUGCAGCUUCUGACCCUCGGGUUCUAUACUAUUGGUACUGUUAAUGACCAACCGGGAGGAGUUUUGGAAGGAAAUCGUGGAAAAAAAAGAGAUCCUCUGAUGUGCUGA